AUGCCCAAUGCUGAAUUUUCCAACACUGCCAUGGGUGAUGCUGCAGAGCAGCUUAUGAAAAUUGUACAGAAGGCGGCAAAGUUGAGGGAUGGUCAUCCCAAUCACCUGAAAUUGGCUGUGGAAAUUGGAGAUCUGAUGUCCCUGGUAUUCAAGACCCAUGCAGCCAUGGAGAUGCUGGAGCACCUGGAUGCGGCGCAGCAAUCUUUUGCCAGUGCGCCUGUAUGGGCUAGGAUCCGAACUGAUGAUCCCCAAAUCCAGCAACAUCCAUUGAAGGAGAAGGCCCACAGCAUUACCAUUGCCAAGCCUACCGCAGCGGCGAACACAUCCACCACCAUUUCCGGCAUGCCGGCGCCGGCCAAGGUGAAGCCUAAGCCUAAGCCAAUGCCAAUGCCGAAGACAAAGCGGCGCAUGAGUCGAAGGAGUCGAAGGGAAAUGACCCAGGCCCUACCUGAGGGAAUUCACCACUGGCAUAUACCUCCUCUCAGAAAGACCAAGACGUCAAAAUGGCCCAAAGUCACUCGAGAGUCAGUGUCGCUGAAGCACAAUGCGCCGAAGGAAGAUAUCACGACGGAUAUGGCACCACAGGCGCCAAACUUUGAGCUUGUGGCCAUUGCUCCUGACAAAAACUUAAAUGUUCUCAUGCCAAAGCCGACCUCGGUGAACAAGGCCGAACAUGAUCCCGCUCACGCCACCGGCGGAUGGCAGAAGCAUCCUCAGAUGGAUGUGGACGAUUCUCACGAUGGGCUCAUGAAAGUGUUGGAGGGGAUGACGUUGGAGGUGAUGCAAGACUCGGCGAAUUUGAGUGCCAGGAAUGCGACUCUUCAGGAGAUUGCCAACACCCUCCGGACUAACAUUGCUCAGCUUACGGCCGAGAAUACCACCACCACAGAGCAGUUGAAUGCACUGCAAGACAGGAUCACCGCUCAGGAUGCCGCCCUCCUUGAAUUGCAAGGCCUUCAGGCAGAGGUAACGGAGUUACACAGUCAAGUCAAGACAUUGCGAGAAGAAUCAGCCACCAGAGAUCAGCACCUUCAACGUGCUCAACACCAAUUGGGGCAACAAGAACGUACCACCGCUGUCCUUCAGGAUGCCUACAACGCCAUCCAUCAAUGUCUUACCGGUCCACCGAAUUCAUCAUCCCCUUUCACCAACUCCUUGUAUCUUGCCAACCCAAUGUAUGGCGGCGGUCAAAGCAUGGUGCUUGUCAGCAUGGGUCAGAUGCAGGCCAUGGAAGGCUUGUAUUUCAACCUGCCAUCAUUGGUUGGCAACAUCUCCAGUGGCUCCAUGUUGGGUGGUCCAUCUGCCGGCCCAUCUGUUAGCACCAUUGCCAGCAGCACUCACACCCGCGGCGACACCAAGGGCGGGGCGCCGUCAGGUGUGGGCAAUGAACCUGGCAAUAGAUAUAUAUGGGUGGAUGGAGUCAGAAUUAUCAUAUACAGCAGCAGUGGACAGUUGUCAUACUACACUACAGUUAUUACUGAUGACCAGGAUCAUUUCCUGCCCCUUCUUGGCUUUGGAGCUUCAACUAUAGCCGCCUUGCUCCGGGUUCUCUUGGCUGGUGUGUCACUGAUCGACGCGGCGGCGCGCCGCUUCCCUGAACGUGUGGUCGGUACAAAUGAUGUUAAUUCCUUUGCGGCCUUUGUGGCCUUUGCAGCCCUUGAAGCGGGCGGCUUAUCCACAGUAACACGGGCCUUUGUAUGCCUUGCUCCUGCUGAGUUGGUGGAGGAAUGUAAUAUCUGA